AUGUCCGGUUUUGAGGGGGGGAGAUCAUAUAGUGGACCCUAUCCCAAUUUUUCUUUUGCUAGGCCCAUAACGAAAAAACCUACUUUCUUACGAUUACGAGGUUCAUUUGAAUAUGAAAUUCAAUCCUGGAAAUACAGCAUCCCACUUUUUUUUACUACUCAAGGUUUCGAUAUAUUUAGAAAUCGAGAAAUUUCUACUGGGGCGGGUGCUAUCCGAGAACAAUUAGCCGAUUUAGAUUUGCGAAUUAUUAUAGAAAAUUCGUUGGUAGAAUGGAAACAAUUAGGAGAAGAAGGUCCCACGGGGAAUGAAUGGGAAGAUCGAAAAAUUGUAAGAAGAAAAGAUUUUUUAGUUAGACGUAUGGAAUUAGCUAAGCAUUUUAUUCGAACAAAUAUAGAACCGGAAUGGAUGAUUUUAUGUCUCUUACCGGUUCUGCCUCCCGAGUUGAGACCCAUCAUUCAGAUAGAAGGGGGUAAACUGAUGAGUUCAGAUAUUAAUGAACUCUAUAGAAGAGUUAUCUAUCGGAACAAUACUCUUACUGAUCUAUUAACAACAAGUAGAUCUACACCAGGGGAAUUAGUAAUGUGUCAGGAAAAAUUGGUACAAGAAGCCGUGGAUACACUUCUUGAUAAUGGAAUCCGUGGACAACCCAUGAGGGAUGGUCAUAAUAAGGUUUACAAGUCAUUUUCAGAUGUAAUUGAAGGAAAAGAGGGAAGAUUUCGCGAGACUCUGCUUGGCAAACGGGUCGAUUAUUCGGGGCGUUCGGUGAUUGUCGUUGGACCCUCACUUUCAUUACAUCGCUGUGGAUUGCCUCGCGAAAUAGCAAUAGAGCUCUUCCAGACAUUUGUAAUUCGUGGUCUAAUUAGACAACAUCUGGCUUCGAACAUAGGAGUUGCUAAGAGUCAAAUUCGUGAAAAAAAGCCGAUUGUCUGGGAAAUCCUUCAAGAAGUUAUGCAGGGGCAUCCCGUAUUACUGAAUAGAGCACCUACUCUACAUAGAUUAGGCAUACAGUCAUUCCAACCCAUUUUAGUGGAAGGACGCACUAUUUGUUUACAUCCAUUAGUUUGUAAGGGGUUCAAUGCAGACUUUGAUGGGGAUCAAAUGGCUGUUCAUGUGCCUUUAUCUUUAGAAGCUCAAGCAGAGGCUCGUUUACUUAUGUUUUCUCAUAUGAAUCUCUUAUCUCCAGCUAUUGGAGAUCCCAUUUCUGUACCGACUCAAGAUAUGCUGAUUGGACUCUAUGUAUUAACGAGCGGCACUCGUCGAGGUAUUUGUGCAAACAGAUAUAAUCCAUGUAAUCGAAAAAACUAUCAAAAUGAAAGAAUUUACGAAACAAACUAUAAGUAUAUGAAAGAACCCUUUUUUUGCAAUUCCUAUGAUGCAAUUGGAGCUUAUCGGCAGAAAAGAAUCAAUUUAGAUAGUCCUUUGUGGCUUCGGUGGCAAUUAGAUCAACGCGUUAUUGCUUCAAAAGAAGUUCCUAUCGAAGUUCACUAUGAAUCUUUUGGUAACUAUCAUGAGAUUUAUGCACACUAUCUGAUAGUAAGAAGUGUAAAAAAACAAACUUUUUGUAUAUAUAUUCGAACCACAGUUGGUCAUAUUUCUUUUUAUCGAGAAAUCGAGGAAGCUAUACAAGGUUUUUCUCAAGCUUGUUCAUAUGAUACCUAAUAAUAUGGUAUUCAUAAAAAAAGAAUUAUAGGACACCCGUGUGAAUUCGGACCUCUCCGAGUCAACUCGGACAUAGUUCCUGACCUAAAAAAUCAAGAUCGAGAAAAGGAAGUUUUGCAAUCAUUGACUCAAACUCAUUGUCGAAUCCCAUUCAGCAGAAUAUGGAGGUACUUAUGGCGGAACGGGCCAAUCUGGUAUUUCACAAUAAAGUGAUAGAUGGAACUGCUAUUAAACGACUUAUUAGCCGAUUAAUAGAUCACUUCGGGAUGGCAUAUACAUCACACAUCCUAGAUCAAGUAAAGACUCUGGGUUUCCAGCAAGCAACUGCUACAUCCAUUUCAUUAGGAAUUGAUGAUCUUUUAACGAUACCUUCUAAGGGCUGGCUUGUCCAAGAUGCUGAACAACAAAGUUUGAUUUUGGAAAAACACCAUCAUUAUGGGAAUGUACAUGCGGUAGAAAAAUUACGCCAAUCUAUUGAGAUAUGGUAUGCUACAAGUGAAUAUUUGCGACAGGAAAUGAAUCCUAAUUUUAGGAUGACGGACCCUUUCAAUCCAGUCCAUAUGAUGUCUUUUUCGGGAGCUAGAGGAAAUGCAUCUCAAGUACAUCAAUUAGUAGGUAUGAGAGGAUUAAUGUCGGAUCCCCAAGGACAAAUGAUUGAUUUACCUAUUCAAAGCAAUUUACGCGAAGGACUGUCUUUAACAGAAUAUAUUAUUUCUUGCUAUGGAGCCCGUAAAGGAGUUGUAGAUACUGCGGUCCGCACAUCAGAUGCUGGAUAUCUUACGCGUCGACUUGUUGAAGUAGUUCAACAUAUUGUUGUACGUCGAACGGAUUGUGGCACUAUCCGAGGGAUUUCUGUGAGUCCUCGAAAUAAAAGUCGGAUGAUGUCAGAAAGAAUUUUUAUCCAAACAUUAAUUGGUCGUGUCUUAGCAGACGAUAUAUAUAUAGGUUCCCGAUGUGUCGCCUUUCGAAAUCAAGAUCUUGGGAUUGGACUUGUCAAUCGAUUCAUAACCUUUGGAACACAAUCAAUAUCUAUUCGAACUCCCUUUACUUGUCGGAGUACAUCUUGGAUCUGUCGAUUAUGUUAUGGCCGGAGUCCCACUCAUGGUGACCUAGUUGAAUUGGGGGAAGCUGUAGGUAUUAUUGCGGGUCAAUCUAUUGGCGAACCGGGGACUCAACUAACAUUAAGAACUUUUCAUACCGGUGGAGUAUUUACAGGAGGUACUGCCGAACAUGUACGAGCCCCUUAUAAUGGAAAAAUCAAAUUUAAUGAGGAUUUGGUUCAUCCUACACGUACACGUCACGGGCAUCCUGCCUUUCUAUGUUAUAUAGACUUGUCUGUAAUUAUUGAGAGCGAAGAUAUUAUACAUAGCGUGACUAUUCCACCAAAAAGUUUUCUUUUAGUUCAAAAUGAUCAAUAUGUGGAAUCAGAACAAGUGAUUGCUGAGAUUCGCGAGGGAACAUCCACUUUUCAUUUUAAAGAGAGGGUUAGAAAAUAUAUUUAUUCUGACUCCGAGGGCGAAAUGCAUUGGAGUACUGAUGUAUCCCAUGCACCCGAAUUUACAUAUAGUAAUGUCCAUCUUUUACCAAAAACAAGUCAUUUAUGGAUAUUAUCAGGAGGUUCUUGUGGAUCUAGUCUAAUUCUUUUUUCGAUCCACAAAGAUCAAGAUCAAAUGAACAUACCCUUUCUUUCCGUCGAAAGAAAAUCUAUUUCUAGCCUCUCAGUGAAUAAUGAUCAAGUGAGCAAAAAAUUUUUCAGUUCAGAUUUUUCUGAUAAAAAAAAAUCUGGGAUUCCCAAUUAUUCAGAAUUGAAUGGAAUCGUAGGUACUAGUCAUUAUAAUUUCAUAUAUUCUGCUAUUUUUCAUGAGAAUUCGGAUUUAUUAGCAAAAAGGCGAAGAAAUAGAUUUCUCAUUCCAUUCCAAUCGAUUCAAGAGCAAGCGAAAGAGUUCAUACCACAUUCAGGUAUCUCGAUUGAAAUACCCAUAAAUGGUAUUUUCCGUAGAAACAGUAUUUUUGCUUUUUUUGAUGAUCCUAGAUACAGAAGAAAGAGUUCCGGAAUUCUUAAAUAUGGAACUCUAAAGGCGGACUCAAUCGUCCAAAAAGAGGAUAUGAUUGAGUAUCGAGGAGUCCAAAAAUUUAAGACAAAAUACGAAAUGAAAGUAGAUCGCUUUUUUUUCAUUCCUGAGGAAGUGCAUAUUUUACCCGAAUCCUCCGCCAUAAUGGUACAGAACUAUAGUAUCAUUGGAGUCGAUACACGAAUCACUUUAAAUAUAAGAAGCCAAGUCGGCGGGUUGAUCCGAGUGGAGAGAAAAAAAAAAAGGAUUGAACUCAAAAUAUUUUCGGGGGAUAUCCAUUUUCCGGACAA